GUGAAGGCCAAGACGAGCCGUGUGGUCAGUGGGAAACUUUGAUUUUAGGUACAAAAUGCAUUCACAAGCGGAAGGACGCAGUGACAUCAUUUUGUAUCAUUCACCAUUGUUGUAUGCAACACGCAAGGUUGUUAUGUAUCUUCAAGAAAGGAAGAUUCCAUACAAGUCCUUCUGCGUGGAUUUUAUAGGAUAUGAACAUUAUGAGCCUUGGUUCAUAAAGUUAAAUGGCAAGGGAGAAUUACCAGUGAUAAAGCACAGAGGAAAUGUGGUAAAUGUCAGAGAUCCGGAACAAAUGAUGGAUUACUUGGAAAAAGAAUUUGAUACUCCACCAAAAUUAGCCUUAGCUGACCAGAAUAAGACAGAGCAGAAAAAAUACCAACAGAUGAGAGAAAAGAUGCAAAAUUUGCGCAUGGACAUAAUAUUUUUUGGUUGUAUGAAGUAUCCAGAACUAACAAGUGGCAUGCAGUUCUCUCCAAGGGAGAUGAAGUGGUUUAUGGAACUGCAGGGCAACAAGAGUCGGGCACUUCAGAAAUGUGAGAAGAAAUAUCCAUCGUUACGGCAGCACUACAUUACUAGCCUUGAUAAAAUAAAGCACUUAGACAAAGAAUGGGAGGACAAGGUGCGUGUCAUGGAGAGACUGGAAGAUGUGGAGGCCAUUUUGGAUCAAGUGGAAAGACAGCUGGUCACACAAAAUGGAACGGGAGACACUUAUCUGUUUGGAAAGCAGUUCACAAUAGGGGACAUUGAUCUAAUAAUCCUAUUGCAGCAACUGGAUGUUUUAAGUCUAUCAGAAAGAUUCUGGGAAGGGGGCACACGCCCAAAACUGGCUGCUUAUUACAACAGGGUUAAGAACCGGCCGUCCCUUAAAGUGGCAGUGGAGGUGAACUUAAUGAAACACAUUCUCUAUCCCAAAAUACGCAGGAAUGCAGGCUUUCUGAUUGGUUCUGUAGUUUUGUUGACUGCUGUUGCCGUGGGAGCCUGGUGGUAUACCAGGUCAUAAUGCAGGAUGUGGAUUGGGUGGGCUGGUUGUCAUGACAGCCAUGGUGGUGACAACAACUCUGAAGUGAUUGAAAUAUUUAUAUUUUUGUGAUUUCUUAAAAUUGAUUUGAUGGAGAGGGAUUGAAGUCAAAAUAUUUUAUCGUUUUUAUUUUUUAGGUUGCAUUUUUUUGUUUUUGUAAUUUUAUAUGUGUGAAGUGAGAAAGGGAAAUGAAUUUGGAAAGUGUUCGCCUCUUUGCCAAUAUUUGUAUUUAAUUUUGUUUAUUCUAACUAGUGCCUGAAAUGCAUUAGUUUAGUGGAUUUACCACAAACAUGAGAUUCUGAAACUUGAAGAUCUGAAGCAAAACAUAAUUAUUGUACAAUUUACCCAAUAAAGGCUUUUCAGUUGUAUGUAUAAGAUAUAGCAAUGCAUUUUAUCAACUUAAUAUUCCAAAAUAGUAUCCAUUAUUUAUACAUGUUAAUAUUGUGGCAGCUCCAUUUUAUGUAUGACAUAUCCUCAGUGCUUUUUGAUCAAUUGUUAAUGUCUCUGCUUUGUACUUUUACUUCAACCCAAUUGUUAAUAAUAUAUGUUCUCUAUGAUUUAAGUGUUUUUAAUCAAGAGCGAAGGGUUGUUAUUUUCAGCAUGAAAAUGUUAGCAUCUUAACAAGAUUUUUUUUUUCACAAAUAUGCAUUAUUUAUGGACCGGUUGGUAAUGUAAUUAUAAUAAUUUCUUCCCUAUUUGCUCGUUGCCCAGAAUGUGAAAUGUAACUGCAUUCCCCUGUUGAGGUUUUGCUCCAUUUUAAAAAGGUCAAUUCAACUAAAAUGUAAAAGCUGUGCUCACUGUUGUGUGUUUGGUUGUCAAGGGUAUGAAAAAGGAGUGUUUUUAGUUCAUAGAAUUAUUGAAGAGAAACUUUUUAUGAAGUGAAAAGAUGUUAGGAGUCAUUUAUUUCAUGAUUCAAGAGAAUAGUAAUGUAUGGUUUGGAUGUUGUUUUUGUUCCUUUAAGAAUUAUUUUCAAUGGAGGUUGUUGUUUGAAUGUGUCACAUUAGGAUACAUGGGUAUAUCAUUUAAAAGAUGUAGCCUCCAUAAGGAGAGGAAAGCCAACUUAGCUUUCAAACCUCUGUCUGGUUCUGUUAGGACCAUGUGUUUGGAGUAACACUUGUUUUCAGAUCUCUUAGUCAUGGAAUUUAUGCUUUUAUCAGCAGAUAUUACAUCCUAGUCAUGUAUAAUUGUAUAAGGUUUGUUAUAACAUUGCACUGUGUGUCUGUGUGUGCAACGCACAUUGGUAAAGAAGGUCACCAUUAUUUAGUUCCAGCUGAAGUAUGAUAUGCUUUUGGGAUUUAAUACAAUGUAUAUGCUGAAAAUUCUACUGCACAAAUAUCAGUGAGAAUACAGUUACAGGAUAGACAUGUCAUAAAUUGCAUUCUCUCUACUAGUUUUGAACCAUAUAAAACAGCUUUGGGUAUACAUAAUACAAGGAAAUACGAAAUAUGUUGUAAUAAGCUUUUUAGAGUAAUUUUGGUCUACAAAAAGGUAAUAAAUUUUGUAUUUAAAGA